GAGAAGGCAGGCUGGCUACAGCAUCCCCCAAGGGCUGUGUUUCUUCAACACCUCGAAGGACAACUGGAGCGGCGGUAAAAAGCUGAGAGGAUGACCAACCUCACGGUUAUUCUUGCUAUCUACAUCAUCACCUUCCUGCUUGGCUUCCCUUCCAACCUCCUGUCCUUCUACACAUUCUUAAUGAAAGUCCGCAAGAAGCCAGCCCCCAUAGACAUCCUCUUGCUCAACUUGACUUUGUCCGACAUCAUGCUCCUGAUCUUUCUUCCCCUCAAAAUGAGAGAGGCAGCCAAAAACAACGAGUGGCCUUUCCACAAGGCCCUCUGCACCGUCACCAGCUGUACCUUCCACAGCAGCAUCUACAUCAGCACUCUUUUCCUCACGGCCAUCAGUGUGGACCGCUAUCUGGGGGUGGCAUUUCCCAUCAAGUACAAGAUGAACCGCCGGUCGGCCUAUGCCGUGGUAGCCAGCAUCUUCAUCUGGCUGCUGGUGGGUGCCCACUGCAGCACAGUCUUCGUACUGAGGACCCUGGCCAAUAAUUCAACACCACCUUCACUGCCACAGCCAACCUCACAGCCUCCCAAACAUGAGGUAUGCUUCAAGGGAUUCAAUCAACGGCAGAAGGAGAUCAUCUACCCCUUCCGACUUGAACUGUGCCUUGCUCUCUUUUGCAUCCCGUUUGUCAUCACCACUUUCUGUUACGUCAACGUGAUCCGCAUCCUGGCCUCCCUGCCUAAUGUCAAGGCCCGCAAGAAACAAAGGGCCAUGGGCUUGGCUCUGUUCACUUUGCUCAAUUACGCUCUUUGCUUUGGCCCCUUUAACAUCUCCCACAUCUUUGGAGUGAUCUAUUACGAAGACCCUAGCUGGAGAGAAUAUGCCUUUGCCCUCACCUCCUUCAACACCUGCUUGGAUCCUUUCAUCUUCUUCUUCUCCUCCAACGCCAUCCGACGGAAUGUUGGUGUUUGCUGGGCCAGCACGUGCCGCAGAAUCCGGCCCAUUUUAUUGUGCUUCACUUUGCCUUGCUGCAAGGAACCCAAAGACAAUAAGGAAAGAGAAGGAGCUGCCGGAUUAUCUACUACAAGCGGACUGGGAGUGACAGGCGGAUCCACUGAAUCCUCUUCCUGCGGCCAUGCUGUAAAGAUGUUGGAGGUCAGCCCACUGGAUGCUGAGCAAGUCGCAUACUGCACCAAGUUCCAAGGACACGUGGAAGACUAGACCCAGAACAGACUUUUUGUGCAUAGAUGCCAAUGUCUAAAUUUCUUUGCCCCAGUUUUGGAUAUGGAGUUACAAAUUCAAAAUUGCAUUUUUGGGGACAGGGGGUUGCGUGUGUGUGUGUGUGUGCGCGCCCAUACAUGGAAGUCAUGGCAACCUCUGGCAGCUCCUCCUGGGGUAUGUAGGGCAUUCAGAGAAGCGGCUCUGGUACUCCUUGGAGGUCUCCCAUCCAAAUACUUGCCAGGGUCGGCCCUGCUUAGA